AUGGUAUCCCCUUCCAUCAAGGGAGAACAGCCUGUAAAUUGUAUCCCUUCCAUCAAGGGAGAACAGCCUGUAAAUUGUAUCCCUUCCAUCAAGGGAGAACAGCCUGUAAAUGUCCCCUUCCAUCAAGGGAGAACAGCCUUACAGCUUUACACCCAAAAAUCCUCUAUUGGGGCUCGUUCAUCUAGCCCCAGGGUCACACCAACUUCAUUUUGCAAUCCGGCAACUGUCCAGUCAGGGAAAAACGAUCCGGCAACUGUCCAGUCAGGGGCAUACAAUCCGGCUACCGUCCAGUCAGGGACAAACGAUCCGGCUAUCGUUCAGUCAGGGAUAAACGAUCUGGCUAUCGUUCAGUCAGGGACAAACGAUCUGGGUGCCGUCCAUUCAGGGACAAACGAUCCGGCUAUCGUUCAGUCAGGGACAAACAAUCCGGCUACUGUCCAGUCAGGGACAAACGAUCCGGCUAUCGUUCAGUCAGGGAUAAACGAUCUGGCUAUCGUUCAGUCAGGGACAAACGAUCUGGGUGCCGUCCAUUCAGGGACAAACGAUUCGGCUACCGUCCAGUCAGGGACAAACGAUCCGGCUACCGUCCAGUCAGGGACAAAUGAUCCGGCUACCGUCCAGUCAGGGACAAACGAUCCGGCUACUGUCCAUUCAGGUACAAAGGAACUGGCUACCGCCCAGUAAGGGACAAACGAUCCGGCUACCGUCCAUUCAGGUACAAAGGAACUGGCUACCGUCCAGUCAGGGACAAACAAUCCGGCUACCAUCCAUUAAGGUACAAACGAUCCGGCUACCGUCCAUUCAGGUACAAAGGAACUGGCUACCGUCCAUUCAGGUACAAAGGAACUGGCUACCGCCCAGUCAGGGACAAAGGAUCUGGCUACUGUCCAGAUGAAGGUGGCUACAAACUGACAUGUACACUACACUCAAGUCUAAGACUAUUUGACACACAUUUAACAACUUUGUACUUUGCACUAAGGGUGUUACAUAAUAGAUCUAGUUCUUCAGUAAAUUUGUUCCACAAUCAAUAAGGUCUCAACUGAUGACAGCAGAUAAAUGAUUCUAUAAAGCAAUUGAUACAACUUUUAAGUAAAUACACAAUAAAAUCUUUCAAUCUUAAGUAAAAUGAUAGAUCUUGGAUUAUCCUCAAAGUAAAUGCAAUGAUAAUUUAUUUCAUGAUAAGACAAUUAUUUAUAAAAAUGGUUAAAACAACAAGCUUUUCUUCAAGCAUUGGGGAGAGAUAACAAGAGGCCCAAUGGGUCUUAACGCUCACAUGAACUACAUUCAUAAGUAUAGUUAACUUUUGAUUUUGGAACCUUCCUGUAAAAUUUCAUUGAAGUUGGUUCAGUGGUUUUUGAGAAUAAGGUUUACGUAUGACGGAGACGACAGAUGCAAGCUGAAAAUGUAUUGUAAGUAACCAAAAAGACCAGUUAUCAAGAAUAUUGAAUGCAAUCAGGUCAUUCUAGCAUUUAAAAAAAUAUUGACACUGGGAUGAAGAAGAAACAAAGGGCCUUUACUGCUCACUAGGGUCUUUCCAAUGCUUGAAAUGAAAUUCAUGGAGAUUGUUAAAAAAUAAAUAUAUGCUGAGUAUGACUCUAAACCGCUGAAAACAACUCACUAAGCCACAAUGUGCUGGGGUCUAGACUCUAAACCGCUAAAAACACCUCCCUAAGCCACAAUGUGCCGAGUCUAGACUCUAAACCACUGAAAACAACUCACUAAGCCACCAUGUGCUGUUGUCUAGACUCUAAACCGCUAAAAACACCUCCCUAAGCCACAAUGUGCCGAGUCUAGACUCUAAACCACUGAAAACAACUCACUAAGCCACCAUGUGCUGUUGUCUAGACUCUAAACCGCUGAAACCAACUCACUAAGCCACAAUGUGCUGAGUCUAGACUCUAAACCGCUGAAAACAACUCACUAAGCCACAAUGUGCUGAGUCUAGACUCUAAACCACUAAAAACAACUCACUAAGUCACAAUGUGCUGAUGUCUAGACUCUAAACCGCUGAAAACAACUCACUAAGCCACAAUGUUCUGUUGUCUAGACUCUAAACCGCUGAAAACAACUCACUAAGCCACAAUGUGCCGAGUCUAGACUCUAAACCACUGAAAACAACUCACUAAGCCACAAUGUGCUGAUGUCUAGACUCUAAACCGCUGAAAACAACUCACUAAGCCACGAUGUGCUGAGUCUAGACUCUAAACCACUAAAAACAACUCACUAAGCCACAAUGUGCUGAUGUCUAGACUCUAAACCGCUGAAAACAACUCACUAAGCCACAAUGUGCUGAUUCUAGACUCUAAACCACUGAAAACAACUCACUAAGCCACAAUGUGCUGAGUCUGCAGAGUGAGCUGUAAGACAAUAUUAAGACUAAAUAGAAUCUGAAAGUGCAGGCAGUCAGAGGGAUGUUUACACAUUCCUCCCCUUAGUGGAUGUUAAAAUGGGGUCAUAAAGAUGACUCUGUACAUAAAACCAGCAUCCUAACAGUAUUAUUAAGUGAACAGUGAGCCAUUACAAAACUUUAACCCAAACUUUAAGCUUCAGAUUUUGGCCAAGAUAGUUAAAGUCCAAAACAUGUCAAAAAUUCUCCGAAAAAAUAAAAUUAUAUUCCAUUUUCAAUCCACAGCAUUAAUGCUAGACCCCU